AUGACGGAUUUAGAUAAUACCACCUAUAAAGUACAUAUUAAUACCCCCUUUAAGAAAAUAAGUAGUUUCAACCCACCUAGCCAUCCCAGUAUUGAAAUGUAUGAGAAUAUAACUAUUAGACAAAUCUAUCAUGAAUCUAAUAAACUUAAACAGAUAACAUCUAUUGGGAAUUUAACAUAUGAAGAAGAAAGUCUAUUGUCUGACCUCAGAGAGGAUACAAAUAUCAGAGUUAUGAAACCAGACAAAGGAGGAGGUGUCGUUUUAUACGACAAUACACAAUAUAUUAAGAAGAUAUAUGAUAUGUUGCACUACUCUGAAUCGAAUAUAGAAGGUCCAGUGGAAGGUGGAUACUUCGGACAGAUCAGGAACACCAAAAAGUCCUCACAGCGAUUAAAAGAUGCCUUGUUGGAGCAUGAUUUAGCUCUUCCACUCUGUUUGUUGAUGGCUCAGCAGAGACAUGGUGUGAUUUUUCAUGAAGGUGGCGAGAAACACCUGAAACUUGUUGGAAAACUCUAUGAUCAGUGCCAUGAUACUUUGGUACAGUUUGGUGUUUUUUUGGCUUCCAAUCUUAGCACAGAAGAUUAUAUCAAGCAGGUUCCUUCAGUUGAUGUUCUUUGUAACCAGUUCCAUACACCCCAUGAUGCUGCUUUCUUCCUUUCAAGACCAAUGUAUGCCCAUCACAUUUCAUCAAAGUAUGAUGAAUUGAAGAAAGCUGAGAAGGGAAACAAACAGCAGCAGAAAGUACAGCAACAGAAAGUGCACAAGUACAUCACAGCUUGUGAAGUUGUAAUGGCACCCGUCCAUGAGGCUGUAGUCUCAUUGCACCUACCUAAAGUUUGGGAUGAUAUCAGUCCACAAUUCUAUGCAACAUUCUGGUCACUUACAAUGUAUGACCUGGCUGUUCCUCUAAGUAGUUACGACCGGGAAGUCAACAAACUGAAGAUGCAAAUGAAAGCUGUAGAAGAAAAUAUGGAAAUGCCUCCAAACAAAAAGAAAAAAGAAAAGGAGCGUUGCACUGCCCUACAAGAUAAACUUUUAGAAGAGGAAAAGAAGCAAGUAGAGCAUGUGCAGAGAGUCUUACAGCGCUUAAAACUGGAAAAGGAUAAUUGGCUUUUAGCAAAAUCUACCAAAAAUGAGACUAUCACGAAGUUUCUGCAGUUGUGUAUAUUUCCUCGUUGCAUUUUCUCAGCAAUUGACGCUGUAUAUUGUGCACGAUUUGUGGAAUUAGUUCAUCAGCAGAAAACACCAAAUUUUUCCACCCUUCUUUGUUAUGACCGGGUCUUCUCUGACAUCAUCUAUACAGUGGCAAGUUGCACUGAAAAUGAAGCCAGUCGAUAUGGUAGAUUCUUGUGCUCUAUGUUGGAAACUGUGACACGGUGGCACAGUGAUCGAGCUGUUUAUGAUAAGGAGUGUGGAAAUUAUCCAGGAUUCCUUACAAUUUUACGUGCAUCAGGCUUUGAUGGAGGAAAUAAAGCAGACCAGUUAGACUAUGAGAAUUUUCGGCAUGUUGUGCAUAAGUGGCAUUAUAAGUUAACAAAGAAAAAUGAUGAUAAAUUGUCUAGUUUAAUACAUGAGGUGGACAAAUUAAAUGUGGACAUCAUUAACAAUGACAUGUUCAGUCAGUGGAAUGACUUGUACGACAAGCAGUUUAUAGAUGCCAACCGUUUCGAACACAAUAAUGAAUCUAGGCAUACAGACAAUCAUCAGGAAGUGGUAGUUGGUAUAAAUGAAACAUAUGACAGUACUGGAAGCAAUAUUAUUUAUUCCAAACAAGGGUUUAAUGUGUUUAAUUACACCAACCUUGAGAUAACUGAAGAAUUUUUCAGUGUGUUUUCAAAAGGCAUGAAAUUCAUUCCUACUGUUGGUUUCAACCUGGUGAACACAAUUGUAGAAGUGAAAUUAUACUGUAGGAGGCUAAAUUUAGCCAUACAAUUUGGACAAAAUAAUGGUGAAAAUACCAAUACGGUACCCAAAGGUCUUAAAAAGAGGAGCACAUAUAUACCUCCAAGCAAUACAAAAGUGGCCAGCUUUGAGAAAAUGAUUUGUAAUGACAUCUAUAGUUUCAGAAGUAAUUUUAAGGUUGAGAAUAGCAACAAUAUGGGUCCACAGGCAAAUUUGACAGAGGAUGAAUAUAAGUGCCUAUGGAAGUUUGUGAACAACAAAGAGGUUAGGUUAAUGAAACCAGACAAAGGGGGAGGGAUUGUUGUAUUUAAUAAAAUGGACUACAUCAAUGAUAUAUAUCACAUUUUGUAUCAAUCAGGGAAUUACGAUGCUAUUUCUCUCAACGAAAUCAAUAUAGGUCACAAGCGUAUUGAUCUAGCAUUGGAGGAAUAUUUGUUGGACAAUAGGAUUAGCUUUGAGACAUACGAAUUUCUAAAGGUGGAAUAUCCUAUAUUAGCCACGAUUGUUGGUAUCCCCAAAGUCCAUAAAAAUUUAACACACCCUCCCUUUAGGCCUAUUAUUUCAGGAAGCAAAGCAAAAACCUUCCCGUUGGGUGUAGCUAUCGACACAUGGGUCAAGCCUGUGUACAAAAAUAUUCCACACUUAAUUAAAGAUUCUUGGACGUUCUUGGGCCAGUUAACAUCCCAAGUAUGGAGAAACAACCUCAUUUAUAUUACUAUUGAUGUAACCGACUUAUUCUCCUGCAUCCCCAGGGAUUUGGGCUUAGAGUACUUCAGUAGUAGUUUGAGGAAAUGCUCCAGCUUGAGUUGGGACAAAAUUUGCCUCAUUACAGACAUGAUGGGGUUGGUCUUGGACCACAAUUACAUCCAGUUUGAAAAUGAGUUUUUCAAACAAACCAGGGGAGUGGCUAUGGGAGCAGUUUGUGCUCCCAUAUUUGCAAACCUGGUAAUGCUUGAAUGGGAAUCCGAACACCUGUUCAAAUCAGAAUACUACCAGCACAUUGUUCAUUACACCAGGUUUUUAGAUGACCUUUUUGUGCUGUGGGAUGGACCUAUUGAUAAGAUCUCUGAUUUCAUCAGUUACAUUAAUAAUACAACAGAAUUCCUCAAGUUUACACACUCCAUUAGUACUAGUGGCAUAGCGUAUUUGGACACUUAUAUUAGCCAAGGGGACAAUGGGUUUACAUCUUGUAAUUAUAGGAAAGAGACUUUUUCCAAUGAUUACUUGUGCGUUCGUUCAGUAUGUGUAGAUGAAGAGGCAUUCGCUGAAACGCUUCUUCGAGAUUCUGAUAUAGACUCAGUAAAAACAGUAUUUUCUAGAGCUGCAGAGGCAUUAGUUUUUGCAACUGUUAAUGCAAAUCUAAUUGAAUUUACCUGUGUAGUGUGUGCACAUGUAACACUUAUUGCGACUUGCAGCUACUCUGGCCAGUUGAAAAGCAGGAAACCAUACAUGGUACCUGAAAAUGAUUUCCAUCACAAAGAUCCUCCAACAAGAAUUGCAGCACCGUUGCCGAUACAGAAUGGACCCGGAGCUAUUGGUGUACCUGCAGCCAUAACGACAAAUAUAACUAAACCUGAAGAAAAUUCUGUUGACGAUAUGGAUAAAUCUCGGGAGAAGUCUCUAGGCACUGUAAAAAUUGUUAACAAAGCUGUUGGUCUUCCACAAAAACUAACUGCUAGUAAUGGAAACAGUACUGUUAACAGUAAAGCCAUUAAAGAAAAAGAUGACAAAGAAAAGAGUGGGAAAGAAAAAGAAAAAAAAGAGAAAACUCCAACUGCUACUCCAGAGGCCAAAGUACCUGGGAAAGAUGGUAAAGAAAAACCAAAAGAAGAAAGGGUGAGCAAAGAUGAGAAAGUACGAGAGACCAAGGAAAGAACACCAAAAGCAGAAAAGGAAAAAGAGAAACUGAAGAAGGAAGACAAAUGUUCGAAGGAUGAUAAGUCAAAGGCAGUAAAUGUUAACCUGGAGUCCAGAUCAUCCACUGAGAAGGAGAGGGAGAAGGAGCCAUCCAAAGAAAGAGAAGUAACCAAGGAUGCCAAAUACAAAGAGGGCGCUAAGGGAGGAGAAAAGAUGGCGGUCACUGGGUCCUUGAAGUCUCCCGUUUCCCGAUUAGACAGCUUAGAAUCUGAAAGAGAACAAAAACGUCGUAAGCUUGAUACCCACUCAUCACCAUCACAUUCCUCGACAUUAAAGGAUAGCCCCGGCGAGCUCAAGGAUGCAUCUAUAAAGCACUACACCAACCACAGUACUCCAGUGCAGUCCAAGAGCAAAGAGCGGGAGGUGGACAAGAAAGAAAUUGAAAAGCCAAGAGAACGUUCAAGGGAGAGAGAAAAGAAAGAAGAAAAAGAGAGAAAAGAACGCAAAAGGGAGCAUUCCAACAGUGAUCGUGAUUUGGGACAGGAAACCAAGCGAAGAAAGGAUGAAAAUGGAACAAACUCUUCUUCAAAGCACAGUAGAAGUGUAAGCCCGUCUGAUUCUCCACGUUCGAGUGAGAAGGAUAAAGAGAAAAUUAAAUCAAAAUCAUCUUCCAGCAAAGAGAAAACUGAUUCUUCUAAAACUGAAAAGUCUGAAAAAAGUUCUUCAGGGAGUAAAAAGGAAUCAAGGCAUGAUAAGGAGAAAUCGGAAAAGAAGGAAAAACGUGACAGCGGUGGAGGAAAAGAAGAGAAAAAACAUCAUAAAUCAUCUGAUAAGCAUAGAUAAUACAGAAUGGUUAAGGUGAACUCUGACUGAGGACUUUGCUGCCAUAACUGAAAAUAUAUGAAUUCAGUUAAACUCGAAUUCCACAGAAGUGCUUACUCAAAUUGUAAAUGAAGACAAAAGGGCCCAUCGACAUCCAAUCAUAAAAAAUACAUUGUUUGAAUUUGGUUUCCAUUUGCCCAUGUUGUCAUGUAUUUUAACUGAUUUCUUAUACAUUUAUUUUCAGUAAAUGACUGGAAGUGAUACUUUUCCAUUUUAUACCAGCACAAUGUGCUGAAAAAGGAGUUGAUUGAAUGCUUUGGAGGCUGCAUAUGUACAGAGCUGCUCUUAAGGCUACAAUGUAUUGCCUGGGACUUGAUGUCCAAAUCAUAACUGAAGGUCCAUUGUCUUGCACAACAUUUGAACAUUUUUUCACAUUUACCUUAUUUAAAAAUGCUUUAUUUAUUAUGUAGCCUCUGGCUUUUAAUGUCAUCGACAUACCUUAUUGGUGGGAGCACUGUAUGAAAUAACUAGGGAUUAUUUGUAUAUUGUGUACAUCUUUAAAAUUAUUACCUGUAAUAAAAUCCAGUUUCCUGAUGCUUUAUCAUUUGAAUGUCCUUCCAACACUUUGUGUUUGUCAUGAUGUUUUUAAGUAAAUUAGAACUGUCCACAGCAGUGACUCGGUUAAGACUGAAGUGUAUUAGGUUUGAAUUGUACAGCUACAGGAGCUUUGUAUUACCAAUCUUUAGUCUACAGAUUUUCAGAAAAAAAUAUAAUUUUUUUGGAAUUUUUAUCUGCUGAAUUCUACCAAUGUAAACUUUUUUUUCUAAAUAAAUAAUAGUUUUCUCA